UAAAAGCGCGCAGCUAACGCUCCCAGGAUGAACAGCGUGUUUCAGGAAGAAGUUGGCGCCUGAACCGUGUAUGCGGUUAGCUAGCACGCUAACCGAAAGUAUGCAUGAUAGCACACUUAAUAAUUGUUCUUUCCAACGUUAUAAGAUCAUUCCAAAAUGAACGACGCAGAAGAGUUCAGUGUCCCCCUUUCCUCGCUGGCGCUCCUGGUCCCACCACUUCGCCUGAUGUCAGCAGUGAUGUGGGAAGUUGUUCGCCAACGAAACAUAAAGCACUAUGGGAAACUGGAGGAGUUUGUGACCAUGGUAACAGAUGCAGUUCCUGAGCUGAUGAGUAAACGGGAAGGGAGACUGCUCUCACUUGGCCUGAGGGCAAGGACAACUCUUGAGCUGUUGCGUUCUGAACACCCUGAAGAUCUCAAGGCUGUUGAGAGCCACUUGAACCGAAUCCGAACUUCUUGCAUUGAGGAGACAAAUGAUCCUGUCAUUGAAGCACCAGAGGCUAACUUUAUGAAGCUGGUGCAAGGCCUCAUUGAAGACACGGAUGGCAGAGAACACUUCCUCAAGAAUGUGUUUCCAGUGGAGUAUGGCCCUGAUUUCGACACGGCACUGGAGACUCUGGUUUGUGAGUUUUUCACCAGACUGGAGGAGCUGCUGCCAAUCCCUGAUUUCAAACAGACGGCAUCCUGGAUCAGCGGGGCCCCCUCUGUCCUAGAAGAGUACAUGCAGUGUGUCUCAAAUGGAGACGACAUUAAAUUUCUUCUCCAGAGCAAACAGUGCCACGGGAAACUGGCUAAGAGUACAAUCGCUCCGUUUCCGCCAGAUGAUCUUCUCAUUCCCUCUCUGUCUCUUCCUCCAUCGCUUGAAGUGGCCAUCUCUUCCCACCCGAGUGGUUGUGACGACGAAAAUAAUGACGUUCCUCAGAUCGUCAUGUUCGAUGAAGAACUGUCCACAAACCCUUCCACCUCGACAGACUUUCCCGAAUCCCCAAAAAGGACUGAUAUGUUACCGUCCCCUCGCAGGAGACAAUCAGGGCUGCACAAAUGUCCAGAGUGUAACAAAUGUUUCAAGCACCACUCCGUUCUCACCGAGCACCAGAGGGUCCACAGUGGGCUGCAGCCCUACAACUGCUCGGAGUGCGGGAGGGCUUUCAGGACAGCCACUCUGCUAGCCGGUCACAGGCUACGGAAAUGCAAAAACGCCGCUUAUCUGUGCAUCAAAUGUGGGAACAGUUUUCCGACCUCACUGGACAAAUUCCGACACCACUGCCCAAAACGUGGCCGUAGCUACGAUUGUGGACACUGCGGAAAGAGUUUUCAAAAGUCCAGCAGUUUGAAGGAACACCUGCUGACUCACGUCCAAAGCCGCCUUUUCAAGUGCAGUCAUUGCGGGGUAGGUUUUUCAGGAAUCGGUGACUUGAAGUAUCACCAACAGGUAGAUCAUGACAAGCCUUAUCAGUGUAAGCAAUGUGGGAAGAGCUUCAUCUCCUCCAAGUGUCUGACCAAACAUCAGCAACGACACGAAGAGGGCGGAGAAAUGGAGAGUGUCAAAUUAAUGAGUGGAGGCAAACACAGGAAGAGUGGCUCCGCCCAUCGGACUUCCUCCUCAUCUAUGUCCUCCAGGAAAUCCUCGAAAGCUGCAUACCCGCGAGGACGAGUCACGCAUAACUGUCCACUGUGUGGAAGGAGCUUUAAAUACCGUUUCGAAUUCCUCGAGCACCAGAGGUUCCACACCGCGGUGAAGCCUUACAGAUGCUCGCAGUGUGGCAAAGCCUUUCGCACGGAGGCUCACCUCUCCAGGCACAGGAAGAGGAAGUGUAAAAAUGCGUCCCACAUUUGCACCAAGUGUGGGUGUCAGUUCAGGUCCCUCCACGAGCGGGUCAGACAUCAGUGCGUCCAGCUGCUGACCAAAUACGAGUGCUCUCAUUGUGGGAAGACCUUCAAGAUGGCCCACCUGCUGAGGAACCAUCAGAUGAGCGAACACCAGCUUCCCUACAGCGCCAACCAUCGCUUCAGGUGCAGAUACUGCGACGAGACGUUCCCCGGCAUCAGCGAGCUCAAAUACCAUCAGAGGGUUGACCACGAGAAACCCUAUCAGUGUCAAGAGUGCGGCAAGUGUUUCCUGUCUGAGAAAUGCCUGGCCAACCACGAGCUCCGACACAACGACGACCGACCGGAGAGCUGCCUGGUGUGCGGCCGCGGCUUCAGGAACCGCUAUGACUUGAAGCAGCACAUGCGCACUCACACGGGGGAGCGGCCGUACCAGUGCACUCACUGUUCGCAGUGUUUCUCCACAGCGGGGGGGCUGCGGAGCCACACCAGGGUUCACACGGGAGAGAAGCCGCACGUUUGCCCAGAUUGUGGUAAGGCUUUCUCCCAAAUGGGUGCAAUGCGCACGCAUAGGCUCACGCACACGGGAGAAAGGCCUUUCAAGUGCACAGUGUGCGGCAAAGGUUUCACAAUGGCACACAAAGUGACUGUUCACAUGCGCGUGCACACAGGGGAGCGCCCGUACGUUUGCACGCAGUGCGGGAAAGCCUUCUCAGAUGGAAGUGUGCUGAAGCAGCACAUGCUCAACCACUCAGGUGUGAGACCGUACCACUGCCAGAUCUGUCCCAAGACCUACACCUGUCUGAACCACCUGAGGAGGCACCUGAAGAGCCACUCCAACAUGAACUGAGCAGGACAUUUCACACAUUCACACCAUUUGGCAGUUAGACUGCUACAGUUACAAAGGACCAACGAAACCAAGCAAUACGUGAAGGAACAUAAAAUGAUGCUGUUUAAAUUGAGGUGAAAUGUUUCCUCUUCUCUGUAAAGUAAAUGUAGUCACAUUACCCAAUUGUGUAGGACUUUUUGAGCAUUUAAAGGAAUAGUUUGACCUUUUUGGGAAAUCCACUGACUAAUAAUUAUUUAGAUAAUCACAUGAGAAGAUUGAUACCACUAUUAGACUGUAAGCAAAGAUAGAUGACAUUAGGGCUACCCUCAAGUGAUGACAUUAGGGCUACCCUCAAGUGAUGACAUUAGGGCUACCCUCAAGUGAUGACAUUAGGGCUACCCUCAAGUGAAGCCAAAGCAUCUUUAUCUCCCCCAAAUCUACAGUACAGACUAUAAACCCUCCAUGUUACUGCACUAUAAAGUCAAAACAUACUUCAAAUACAAUUUGCCCAAAGAUAGUUUCUGUCUUUGUAGGUAGUUCUUGUCACACAACGUGCAUUCAGGUGUGGAUCUUUCUGAUUUAUAUUCAGUUAUUUGAUGCUAUUAAAAGGGAGUGACAUCAUUAUAGACAACUGUGAUUGGCAGCUUGUCUGAGUAAAGUGAUCACGGAGCAAGGCUACAGGCAAGGUAACAACGUGUACAUUUCAUAAUUAAAGUAUUUAUAGCGAUAAUAAGGUUAGUUAUCAUAUCAGCCAAACAGGUGCUAACAUAUCAGCUAGGUGGUUUAUGCUAACAAACUGUGGCCCUGCUCAAUACUGCGCAGAGUCCAUCCCCCAAUUAUAUUUUUGGUUAAGAGACAUGUUGUCUAUAUACAUAAACUCUAUGAUGCCACUUUUCAGAUAAAGUGGUAUCAAUCUUCUCUAACGUGGUAAGAAUUCAACUAUUUCCUUUACGUUAGCACAUACUCUUUCUUUCCCCUCAAUACGCAUCAGACUGAAUUAUUUUUGACCAACAGUUUCUUAUGCAUGAAUAUGUUUGGAUAAUAUUCCAGAUAUUAUUUCGGUGAAUGUGCAGAAACUGUAAUAUUGGUGAAAAUAUAUGUUUGCAAAGGCGUUGGCUGUAAAUAUACUGAGAGAAAUGUGUGCGUGCCUGAGAGGUUCAAUGGUUUAUUUCAACAUGAAAUAACUUUAUUCCUGCAGGCCUUUCAUCUCACCCAAUUAUGGUUUGCAAGGUUCAUGAAUUUCACAUUAAAUUCCCAUGGUAGUAC